UGCUGUAUUGUCAUGUCCUAUUUAGGUGUUGGUAGGUUUAACUACUCAUCAUUUAUAUUGGACAUGUUUAUUCUUGUAUUUUCAUGGUCUCCCUCCAUGAGCAGUGGAAGAGACCAGCUGAUCACCUUGUAGCAUUUUCAUGAGCAGUUCUUGCAUUUCCUGUCUAUGGGUAUGGUGCAACUGCUGAAUUUUUAUUUUCUGGGCUUGUGAACCCGAUACAUUUUAUGUUUGUAUAAACCCAAAAGAAAUCGUUACAGUAUCAUACAUUUGUAUGUAUAUAUAUGGAAUAGUUUCCUUUCUUGAAGCAAGGUGGUGGUCAAGAACUAGCAGAUGAAAAAGGAAGGAAGAGAGACUGUACUUAUCAUUAAGGUGUUACAAGAAGUUGGGUUGGUGAUUAGAUUUUUAUAGUCUAUCCAUAUUAACAGUCUAGAGGUUUCUAUAUUCGAGUUUUGGGUCAAUGGCCAUGGAGAUGAUGAAUUAUAGGGUCUCUGAAAUGGAGUCUGGUAACAAGGAUGUGCCAAGCCCUAUUCUUGUGAGGUCUCACAGCAGGGAUGAUGAUGGCCGCCUGAGGAGAACAGGCAAUGCUUGGACCGCUUCUUCUCAUGUGAUAACUGCUGUCAUUGGAUCUGGAGUGCUGUCUUUGGCUUGGAGUAUGGCUCAGUUGGGAUGGUCUGCAGGACCAAUUGCUCUUGCGGGUUUCUCCAUUGUCACCUAUUAUACAUCCCUUUUGCUUGCAGACUGUUAUAGGAGCCCAGAUCCAAUCACUGGGAGGAGAAACUAUACAUACAUGGAUGCUGUUAUGGCCAACCUGGGCGGUGCGAAGGUAUUCUUAUGUGGGUUGCUCCAGUAUGGAAAUCUCUUGGGCACAUCAAUUGGAUAUACAAUCACUGCUUCAACAAGCAUGGUGGCUAUUGAAAGGUCUAAUUGCUUUCAUAAGUAUGGGCAGAAGGCUCCUUGCCAUAUUUCUAAUAACCUGUACAUGGUCAUUUUUGGGGUGGUUCAAAUAAUAUUUUCUCAGAUACCUGAUUUGCAUGAAGUUUGGUGGUUGUCAAUAGUGGCAGCUGUCAUGUCAUUCUCAUAUUCAUCUAUUGGACUUGGUCUGGGAAUUGGCAAAGCUGUGGAGAAACAUGCCGAUUAUGGUUCCUUGAAAGGAGUUGGAAUCAGAGAUGUAUUCCACGAUGCAGAUAAAACAUGGAGUGUGUUUCAGGCUCUGGGCAACAUUGCAUUUGCUUAUUCAUUCUCCAUGGUUCUAAUAGAAAUACAGGACACCAUCAAAUCUCCACCUGCAGAGAACAAAACCAUGAAAAAGGCAACCACCAUUGGUGUAGCAGUCACAACAUUAUUUUACUUGUCUGUGGGCUGUGUGGGCUAUGCAGCAUUUGGAGACAAUGCACCAGGAAACCUUCUCACUGGGUUUGGAUUCUACAACCCAUUUUGGCUGGUGGAUAUUGCCAACAUCUGCAUUGUAAUACAUCUGGUGGGAGCUUAUCAGGUCUUCAGUCAGCCUCUAUUUGCAUUUGUUGAGGAAUGGUGCUCCAGUAAAUGGCGCAAUAGCAAUUUCAUAAACAAGCAAUAUACAGUAAAGCUUCCAGGCUAUGGUCCAUUAGAACUGACCCUCUUCCGCCUGUUAUGGAGGACCUGUUUUGUUAUUUUCACAACACUGGUAUCCAUGAUUCUUCCUUUCUUCAAUGAUAUAAUGGGCAUCUUAGGAGCUCUUGCAUUCUUUCCACUCACGGUGUACUUCCCAAUACAAAUGUACAUUGUUCAACACAAAGUGAAGCCAUGGAGCAGGAAGUGGUUGAUUCUGCACCUGUUGAGCACUGUCUGCUUCAUUGUAUCACUGGCGGCUCUGGUGGGCUCAGUUGCAGGUGUCGUUGCAAGACUUCAACAGAAUUACAAGCCCUUCAAAACCACCUACUAGAAAGUGACUUCUAUAUAUAUCAUUUUGCUUUAUAUCACCUCACCUCGUUUAAAAACAACAUGGUGAAUAAGUGAUGUACAUCCUUGGAGCAAUACCAUUGUGUCUUGCUAACUUUCAUAUGAUAUGAUGAAUUGGAUAUUUUGUUCCUAUGCUGCA